CAGCGCCCUCUUGUUUGUGUGUGGUGAAGCAGCACAGCGGCUAAUGAUAGCAACGAACACUAACAGGAAAAAUAAUUUAAUAUUGUGUUCUCUGACACUCUUAAGGUCUAGUAAAAGUUGCGAGAGGAGGUUAUUUUUUCUGUUCCUUGUUACAUUUUCACUGAGACGGAAGGACUCUUUUUAUUCCCUUGAACGGGGACGCGGCCUGCUUAUGUAGCCGGCUUCCCGGUGCACCUCAGGCGGCUUGCGCUGUCAGGAGAGCCCGGUGCUUCCACUCGCUUGUUUUCUUUGCCGCGACAGAACCAGCUGAGCUUUUUAAUCCUUUUUACUGUUGUUGUUUUUAUAUCAGUCAUCUACCGUGUCACCGCCUCUUCUCGCUGAGCGGCAGGUGCCGGUGUUUCUCACCCGAAAAGGACCAUUAAAACCCCGGAGCGGCCUGUUUUGUUUUCUAGCCGCCAUGAACCUCCGCGAACAAUAACAGAACCAUAAAUAACUACCCUGCUGCUGCCGGGGCUGCACCGCAACUGCAGGCUUUUAAUCAAUGCAUCAUGCGUUACAAGCUGUGGAGAACACCGGAGGAGCAUGCAUGUGGAUAAUGGAUUUCUGUGGAGGAGCACAUCGCAAACAGGAGCAUUUUAUCAUGUGAAUUUCAGAGCUGCUGCGAGUUAAGCGGCGUUUUAAGGUGGAGGAAAAGGGCUGCAAUCUGGACUUUCCUGUUUUAUAUUUCAUGUGGCUUGGGAAACAAACCGAUCUGAUGUUGAUGAACCGACAUUAUGUGCAUGGUAGGCCCUUGUAAAAGCUCUGCUCUCCCGGACCGGGUCAUCACGCCGAGGAUGGAUGGGAUGUGACAGGAAAUGUUUAUCCCGGGUUUCUCUGCGCUCAGACUGUUAUACAUGUGGGAUUUCCCGACGGAUCACUGACUGAGGUUAUUGCCUCCAUCUAUGCUUUCUCCAAAGCCACCGGACUCCCUUAUCAAAUAUUUUUACCUCACAGAAAGCGGGAGUUGAUCGGGCAAUUUAUCUGUGUUUUUUAGUGUUUUAACGUACUGAUCCACCUUAACGAACCGGGGCGGACCGAGCCUGCCAGCUGAGAUGAACCCGGUGAAUGCGACCGCUCUCUACGUGUCGGCGAGCCGCUCGGUGCUGCGGUGCGACCCCCGAGAUCCCCGGGAGUUGGCGGAGCUCUGCAAGGUGCUGCCGUUCUUCCGCCAGUCUCUGUCCUGCCUGGUCUGCGGUAACCUGCUGCAGGACCCCAUCGCUCCCACCAACUCAUCAUGUCAGCAUUACGUCUGUCGCGGCUGUAAGGGUCAGAGGAUGCAGCUGAAGCCAUCCUGCAGUUGGUGUAAGGACUAUACCCGCUUUGAGGAAAACCGUCAGCUCUCUUUGCUCGUCCACUGUUACAGGAAGCUCUGCCUCUACAUCACCCAGUCGCCGCUCGCACCGCACCUCGCCAGUGCUGCCAUCGACUUGCCGGACCUCCAGGCCAUCCUGGAAGAGGGCCUGACGUUAGCUGAGGGCGAGCUGGAGUCAGAGGACGUGUCUGAUUCGGCCUCACCGUCUCAGGCUACUUCCACCUCAGAGGUGGUGCAGUCUGAUGAGGGUCUGCCCUCGACAGAGGUCAAAGACGAGGAGCGUAGCCCCAUAACCGUAAAUGGACUUCAUGGCUGUAACGGCCUGGUGAGUUCUGACUCGCUGCAGCCCAUCACCAUAGAAACAGGUGGGGGUGUUGCCAAGCAGGAGAGCUUCUCAGAGGAGAUACCUGUGUGUGUAAGUGUGACAACUAGCAGGGAGGCGGGGCUUUGUGACAUCAGCACUUUUGGGGACGAUCUGAGACACGGCGGGGGGUCUCUGUUGUUAAGUGUCGAAGAGGUGCUCAGGACUCUGGAGACGGACACUGACCCUGACACUACAGCUGAGCCUGUCCCCCACCCAGACUACCAUUCAUCAGUACCUCUGCCGAGCCUGAAUGGGCCGCAUCGCCUUGAACCCUCCUGCCUCAUCCUGGAGAACAGCCCCUGUCUGCUACAUCCCCACCUGCUGCCUCCCCCUCAGUCCUCCAUAGUCACUCCCCAUGUGCCCCCACGCUGCCACCGCAAACGUUCUCGUUCUGAAAGCGACAGUGAGAAGGUACAGCCCCUCAAUAUUACCAGCCUUUUACGAGGGCCCACACUCGGUGCCAUCAGCACUGCCCACCACCCCAUUAACCCUUGUGCCACCACCAAACAUGAGCCCAAGUGUUCUGCAGCCACGCCCCACCCCCACCUUGCACCUGUUCCCAACGGCGGCCCCCCAAAGGUGGGCAAGACUGUGCUGGUACCCAACAAGGCUCUGAAAAAGACUAUGGAGCACCACGGGGCCAACAAGAAACCUUACACAAAGGCACGGCAAGGGGCCCCCAAACCUCGCGCACAACCCCGUGACAGAGUGCCCCCACACCCUCACACCCACCCCCUCUCUCAUCCUCCAAGCCCCUCGAAGCCGCUGUACAAGAAACCUGUGGAGAAGAAGGGUUGCAAGUGUGGCCGAGCUACGCAGAACCCCUCAGUGUUGACCUGUAGGGGGCAGCGUUGUCCCUGCUACUCUAACCGCAAGGCGUGUUUGGACUGCAUCUGCCGCGGCUGCCAGAACUCCUACAUGGCCAACGGAGAGAAGAAGCUGGAGGCCUUCGCCGUGCCGGAGAAGGCUCUAGAGCAAACCCGACUUACGCUGGGCAUCAACCUCACCAGCAUCACAGCGGCGGCCCUCCGAAGCCCAGCUACCGGCUCUCCGGGCGGCACCCUCCUCAAUGUCACCACGGCGACCGGCACCCCCGUCUCUGCCACCUUCCUGUCGGGGGCCGGCCACGACAACCGGGCCUUCGAUGAUUCACUGGAAAUGCGGUUUGACUGUUGAGGUCACGUCACCCCUCCCCUCCCCCACCUUCCUACAUUCCCAGGUUGACCUGCAGCGGCGGAACCAGAACAAGGCAGCUACAGUGACGGGCGGUCCAACGGCACCAUGCACGUGGUCUUUCAUAUAGAGAAGAGAAGAAGAAGAUGGAGGAGAGAGAUGUAGCGAUACUGUAUGUGCAGAGAAUAGUUUCCUUUCUUUUGUCUUCUUCUCUACUUCGGGUAAUGUGUAGAGCGUUAAGUUGUGUAGGUAAGUCCGGAGGUGUGCGAGUGUGUGUACGAGUGUGUGAGGGCCCGGGUUUGGAGACAGAAUCAUCAUCAUCAGAAACUGGCGUAAUUUAUUUAAAAGACAUUUUUCUACCCGGAUGCAUCAAUUCAAACGUUUUUCUAACCAAUCAGGAGCAGCUCUGCUUUCAACCAGAAUGUUUUCACACUGCUGAAGGGCAGAUGGGAACUGAACCACAAAACAUCAUUAAAAGCUCAACUACAGUAAUAGUUUCUUACCUGCUUAGCUGUAGAGCCAGGAUGUGAAUUUUAACACCACCAGCCAAGGUUUAAUAUGCCUGUUGAAUGUUUAUACUAUGUGAGCCACUUAAGCUACUAAAUAUUACUCUGAGAUGUUGUAUACUUACAGAAACAUGUAUUUAAGUAGUAAAAUUGUGAAUUUUAAGUCUGGAGGAAAAACAAAAAUCCCUGGUUUGCUGUUUUUUAAAUGUCAUUUGUGUGUUUGUGAACAUGACGCACUUUCUCACACUGGUCACACACAGCUUAGAAAACUCACACACACACUGUGUUGCUUAUCUGCUCUUUUAUGUGUUUAAAAACUCUGGUUGAUUGCAGACGACGCUGUGCGCCGUUUCCAACGAGUUUCCGGGUCUACGUGCUGCUAAAACACCACAGAGGACUGAAUGAGGAGAGGAGGACGCUCAGGCUUUCCUUCGUCCGGUCGUUUGUUUCAUUUGCAGGAUUUAUUCUCUCCCUAACGCGAAUCCCACAUCGGGCUUCUUGUUUCGCCCAUUCUGCCCGACAACGACUUUUAGCAUUUAUGUCUCAGUUAAGUUGCAGUUCUUUAGUGUUUGUUUCUGGUGUCUCCAAACAGUUUUUGUUUGUUUCUCCCUCUGGGCAUUUAAAUAACUGUAAUAUAACUGCAACAUAUUUCCAUAAAAAAGAAAGGAAAAUCAGAAAA